AUGGGUGGCCGAAAAGCGGCGGCCUAUCAACCGCUGCUUUCUGCCCCAUCCAUCGACGGGCAAGACAAUCGCUCGUCGCGCUACGAUGGCCGUGUCGGUGGUGGCCAUCGGCCUUCCAAUACCCUGAGCCUCAACUUCGACCACACUAACAAGGAUGAUAGCGAGGAUCGUUACGAGCUUCUUGUGCAACACACCACCGUCAGCUGGACCCUGCGCUUCCUCUUUUUCCUGUGUGGCGUCAGCACCUUUGCCCGCAGCGAGGUUGUACUCAUGCAGACGCAGAUGUACGCUGAAUGCUUCGGUCUCGGUGAAUACUUUUAUGCACUUGCCAGUAUCUCCAUCUUUAUGCCAGGCAUUCUGGUUCAAAUGCUCCAAUCCAAGUUUGAUGCACGCCUUGAUCAGCACUUUGGAACAGCGCGCUCCGCCACCUGGCGCAUUAUGCUGGCUUAUCUCGCCCUGAUUGUCCUGGUCAUCAUGACGCGUGUCAACACCAACCUGCAAUCCUCCGCGCCUUUCGUAUACUUCCUGCUGAGCAUCAUGGGCCUGGGCAUCUCCGUCUCCUUUGGCACUUACACUCAGAUUGUCUCCAUGUUUCCACCCGAGCUCCAUCCCCUCUUCUUCUUUGGUACCUACGCGCCGUUUUUCGUUUUUGCCCCCGUGAACAUUGCCGUCGGGAACCUUUGCGAGAAGGCAAGUGACCCGAAUAUCGCUCGCUCCGAUGCUAACAACGGCGUGUGGAGCUUGCGUUGGGAUAGCAUCGAUAUCUACUACACGGUCGGCGUGGCUCUGUCAAUUGCGGGUGUACUGAGCUUUCUGGGCGUUGUGCGCUACCCCAAAUCCAGGUUGCUCUUUGAUCGCAAGGACGCUGAAUUGCGUGCGCGCAGUCACCACCGCUUCGUCAUUCCGGUUGAACAAGACAAUCUUGAGGAUAGUACGGGCGCGCAACUCAACUUGAGCGUGGCCCGUAAGGCCGUGUUUGAUGAGCUUAGCCUGCAUCUUCGUGAUUACCUGCGCCUUCUUUGGCAAGAGUCUUUGACCCAGGUGCUGGUCACCAUCUGUUCCACCCUCUUGGCCGCCUUGUACAUUGACUUUAAGCCCACACACUUUGAGAAUCUGCCCACGAUUCUCAUGUAUGACUACUACAUCUGCACCUCCCUCGGCGUGGUCAUGACUUCUUGGCUACCGUUUCGGCGCCUCUUCACCCCAUCUCGCAUCUUGAUCCUGGCCGCCUUGCGCCUGGCCCUGGUCCCCUUUGCCGUGAUGGCAAUCAAUGGCAUCAUUGGUACCAACGACUACGUCCUACUUGCCAUCAACAGUGUCCAGAUGUGGCUAGCAGGCAUCAUCUUCUCACUUUCUUUCUCUCUAGCCUCGGAUAAGUUUCGCAGCAAGCCGGCUCGCACCCGCGCCUCGACCAUCAUGAAUGUUGUCUAUUACGUUGCCAUGGCCAUUGGUAUGGGUGUUUCCUUUGCUUUGCACUAA